AUGAAUCGAGAAGAGACAGAACGAUACAUAAAUGUGGUGGUGACAACGAACUACUGGAAAGGAGAAAAGGGAGCAGAAGUGAAGUUUAUGUAUCCUGCAUUGUAUAGAACGAGUUGUCUGUUGGAUAUCAGAUUCUUCCCUUACGGCCAACAAGCCUGUAAACUAACCAUAUCUUCCUGGACAUCAUCUAAAUCAGAUAUCAACUACGAACCAGAAUAUGAAUCUGUGAAUAUGGACAAUUUCCUUCCGAAUGAAGAAUGA